CAAGGAUUUUUGUUUUUGAUUCUUUAAUCGGGUGUUCGUGACGUUGUGUUACGAAUGAAUUUUUCUUGUUUUUGCUUUAGAUUUUAAUUUCUUUAUAAGUUUAUAGCACUAGUUGAAUGGCAAAGAGUGCACGACAUUAUCCACUAGCCUAUUAGCUCCAUUUGAUUUCGGUUUCAUUUAGUUCCAUUAACUAUAACGUUAGUUCCGGUUUAGACGAGUUCAAUCUUCGUCUAACAAGUUCAUUUUUAAAAUUCAUCUCAGAUGACUUUAGGAUCCAUCAAUCUCUCUCUGAUACUUAUUGUCUUUGAAUGGGUGCCAGUAAGCUAGACCGUGUUUAUAGGAAUUUAGUGCUAUCAAAGUUUUUUGUUAGAGGAUGGGGCAAUCCUGAGAAUAUUAAAAGGCUUUUUGAUUUCCGUAAAAUUGUGUCAGACAGAGAAAAAUGCCAAAGCUUGGUCGAUCCAAUGCACAAAGUCACCUUUACAAAGGAAGAAGACCACAAGCAUUACAAGAUCCUAAAUGGCCAUUUCCAGAGCCCGUUUGCACAUCAUCUCCCUGGCUUGGUGCCAGAGGAGUCUGAAACUGCUCACUUUCAAAUGCUGCUGCCUAAAAAGUGGAACUGGAGUAACGGGCUUAAGCCCAUGGUAGUGCAACUUGCAGGGACAGGAGAUCAUUUCUUUUGGCGCCGGCGAAUUCUAAUGGGCAAACCGCUUUUGAACGAAUGGAAUGUCGGCUCCAUCAUCCUGGAGAAUCCAUUUUACGGACUGCGGAAGCCGAAAGAGCAAAAACUCUCCUGUCUACACAACGUCUCUGACAUUUUCGUGAUGGGCGGAUGUCUUAUUCUAGAGUCUCUUGUAUUGUUCCACUGGUGCGAACGCAACGGACUGGGUCCACUCGGAGUAACCGGAGUGUCGAUGGGUGGCCACAUGGCUUCACUGGCAGCCUCCAGCUGGCCGAAACCUGUCGUCCUGGUCCCGUGCUUAUCCUGGUCAACAGCUUCGGCCGUGUUUACCCGUGGAGUUAUGAGCGGAGCAAUCGACUGGUCACUUCUAGAAUCGCAAUAUUUUUCCAAUCAAAUUUACAACGAAAUCCUCGACAUGGUGCUGCAGUCUCCCUCCGUUGGCGAUUGUGCCUUUGAUGCCGGCAAACAGUUUGCCCAGAAUUACUCGCGGAGUAUCGGGUCAAAGAUUGCCGUUCCUAGCAACGCUCAACCUCUUCCUAGCAACGACCAGCAGCGGUUGACGAGUGCCGUGGAAGAGACGUUCAAUUUCAAAUUAUCCGGUUUGUCCGGUAUGGCCAUUCCGGAAUCCUGGAAACGGAUUGGAAAUGUAUCGUUGGCCAGUCCACUGCGACGAAUCAUCCAGCCGUUUUGGAAGGAGCGAGUCCAGGGGAUGGAGAAAGCUCAAGCCCGCCAACAGGCGAUGGAAUUUAUGCGCGGGAUCAUGGACGAGUUCACGCACAUUGCCAAUUAUUCGCGUCCGGUGGACAGUUCGUGCAUCGUCAUCGUGACGGCCAACGACGACGCCUACGUCCCCCGCGAAGGAUGUACCGACCUGAGACAAUUGUGGCCCGGUGCCGAGGUCCGCUACGUGUCGAGCGGUCACGUGGCCGCCUACGUCCUCCACCACCAAAUGUUCCGGCGGGCUGUCAAAGAUGCCUUCGACAAAAUCAUUGCCAAACAUUAUGCAACACCACCAGCCAUUUAAUUAUAUUUUUUAUAGAAUUAACCUAAACAUUUGGGGGGUUGUAUAAUUGUGUGUAGAUUUUAAUAAAAACAAAUGAUGGGAA